GGAUUUCGUGACAUCUGUGAAUCACACUAAUUUCCACAAGAUGAUUUGAUUCCUUUAUCGUCCUUUCCCCGCACUCAUUCAUGUUCAACGCCCACUACUGCUCUCUUCAACCUCUGUUUUUCUCACUCCCCCAUUUUCAUCUAUAAAAUAAUAAACCAGAAAACAAACAAGGAAACCCCACAACUCACAAAGCCACAAAUUUCUUUCAUGAAGUUCAGCAGUGCUUGCUUAGUACUGUUUUCCAUGGGGAACAUGCAAAUUAUUGCUAUGUCUUUGGCCAUGUGAUCUUUGACCACCCAAAUAUAACAUUGUUCAAGAAAAAAAAGAUUAUAUUUUUCUUUCUGCUCUUGUUUGCCUCUUCAUACCUUUGGGUUUGGAACUACAAAGUUAGAAGAUAGUACUGUUAUUAACUAGCUAAGACCAGAUGGCACUUAAUAUCCUAUCUCCAGCUGAAAUCAAGGCCAUCUCUUUCUUGGAUUCUACUAAAUCCAAUCGCCUACCUAAGCUUCAAGGUGGGCUUAGUUUGAAGAGGAAGGAUUGUGGGGGAAGAAGAAUUCAGUGUUCAGUUCAGAAUCAGAAUCAGAAUCAGCCACCUCCAGCUUGGCCAGGAAGAGCCUGUCCAGAAGCUGGACGCAAGACAUGGGAUGGUCCUAAGCCUAUAUCAAUUGUUGGAUCUACUGGUUCCAUCGGAACGCAGACUUUGGACAUUGUAGCGGAGAAUCCAGAUAAAUUCAAAGUUGUGGCACUCGCAGCUGGGUCAAAUGUUACUCUUCUUGCAGAUCAGGUGAGGACAUUCAAACCUCAACUGAUUGCUGUUAGAAACGAGUCAUUAGUUGAUGAACUCAAAGAGGCCCUGGCUGAUGUUGAGGAAAAGCCUGAGAUUAUUCCUGGGGAGCAAGGAGUUGUAGAGGUUGCUCGUCAUCCAGAUGCUGUCAGUGUAGUUACAGGAAUAGUAGGUUGCGCAGGCCUAAAGGUGAAAUCACAAUUCUGAUUGAUCAUUCUCCAGUUAGUCUUUUUGAAAUCCAGCAUAUCUAAAAUAUUUCUCAGACUAGGAUUUUAUAUGUGAGGGAUAAUGUAAUGUGAGAAUCUGAUGUCUGACUUCAAUAUGAUGUUGGCAUGAUUGUGUAAAUCCUCCACCCAUAGU